AUGGCUUCUCAGGUGCUGCAGAUACUCAGGCAGGGUGUGUGGGCAGCAUUAACUGGGGGAUGGUAUCAUGACCCUGACAGCAGCCAAUUUAAUAACACGUGCCACCUAUAUUUAUGGAUAUUCUUACUUAUGCUGCCUCUAGCAAUGCAUCUGGUUAUAAGAUAA